AUGAAAUUGUCGACGCCUAGAUAUACGUGUUGUUUGUUUUUCCAAAUUUUAUUCAUGCUGUGUGAUCUGCUAUUUAAUUGUUUGAGCUUAUUUCCAAGAACUAGAGACGGUUUGCUCGUCAUAUUUAUUUUUCAAGAUUUGUUCCUGAUUUUGUCGAUAACAACAAUGUUGAUGACGUUUUUCUCCACUUACUUAUUUCAGGCUGGUUUGGUGGAGGUAUUGAUCCGCAAGUUUCGCGCGGCGGCCGCGGUUUGCGUGGCGUAUGUCGCAGCGAGCGUCACAUUACACACGGUCUGGCUUCUUGAGAAAUGGACCGAGCAUGACUCCAUCUCCACACCAAUGCUUAUAUUCCUUUUCACUGUGCAGAGAUGCCUGUCACCGUGCUAUUACUUUUUCUACAAAAGAGCUGCUCUUCGCAUCAGCGACCCUCGUUUCUAUGAAGAUAUAGACUGGAUCAAUCAACAGCUGCAAACACAUUGA